AUGGACAGCUCCGUUGAGAAUAAUGGUGUCCUUGCAUUCAACACAAUUCCUGCGACAGCCGUCCAAAAAGUAAACCGGAUUGCUUAUAGUUCGGGAGAGCUUGGCGAUGUCUCGAAAUAUUCAAAGUCUACUCAUGUCGCGGUCAAAGUCAUCAAUUUGAAGAUCCCUGGACCUGCGAAUGGAAAACUAGUACAAAGUUUUGUGCGGAGGAUUCGUCGCAAGCUCAACGUUUGGAUUCAAUUGUCACAUGACAACAUUCUUCCUCUUGAGGAUGUUACCGAGAGAUUUGGGCCACUUCCCGCGUUAGUCACUCCGUGGAUGGAAAAUGGAUCAUUAAACGACUAUUUGAGACGGGAAGUCAACAUUUCGAGGGAGAAGAAGUUGACAAUGGUUAGAGAAGUGGCAGCUGGUCUUCAGUAUUUACACGAUAAGGAUAUUGUCCACGGUAACCUAACUGGUACCAAUGUCCUGGUCGGUAGUGAUGGGACGCUCUAUCUUGGGGACUUUUGGCUCUCGAUGAUCUCUACAGAAUCAGAAAACGUUAUAUUUGGAUGCUGUAACGGGGAGAGUAUCCGUUGGAUGCCACCGAGAACAACCAUGCCUCUCGAUGUAAGCGAAGUAAUGGAGGAUAUGCCGACCAAGGCCCGUGAUAUUUAUUCUUAUGGCUGUAUCCUGAUGCAGGUGUUUUCAGGACAUCAGCCGUAUCAUGAUAUCAAGGCUGCUGCCCUUAUACAAGCCAUAUUAACAGGAACCAAACCAUUUUCACAGUUGACUGAUUUCCACAAAAUACAGCAGUACGCGCAACGAUGCCUGUCAACAAACAGCGAAGACCGUCCGGUGAUUGCCCAUAUCGUGGAGUUUUUGUGGGAACAGACAAACAUCGCGGAGACCAUGGAGACGAUGUUGCCGAAAACGGUGACUAAAAUACCAAAAGCAGAUCUCGUGAAGUGUGACCGCCAUGCCGAUGAUGUGGACGUCCUCGGUGCGGCUUUGAAAUGCAAGUGGGUGCAUAAGAUAGAGGUCACAGUCAAGACUUUGAUGGACGAUAUUCACAAUCAGAAUGAUUUGAACAAGAUGUGCAAUAGGAUUCGUCGUGAACUAUCCGUCAGGGAAAAGUUGAAGCGCGAUACCAUCCUCGCCCUCUAUGGAAUGACGACUGGUUUCGGGGUUCUCCCCUCCUUUGUAUAUCCAUGGAUGGCAGGCGGUUCGUUGCACGACUACCUGAAACGAGAGAACUCCGAUUUAACUGCGCGUCGAAAGCUCGAUAUACUGGUUCAGAUCGCGGAUGGCAUAAAGCAUCUUCAUAUGCAAGACAUUGCGCAUGGCAAUCUAACGGGUGACGUCAUUUUCCUUGACGUUUCAGGCCGUGUACGCAUUGCAGAAUUCAGUCACUCGGUGAUCCUGGCUGAAGCUAAUAGUCGAAUAUUCAGCGAGCAGCUCCUAGGAGACGCGAGAUACAUUUCACCCGAGCGUAUUGUUAGCGGUGGCCAGACGGGAGCACGGAAGCCAACGAAACCCGGAGAUGUGUACUCGUAUGGCUGCAUUGCGAUUCUGGUAUUGUUGGGCAAGGUGCCGUACUGGUGGAUCCAGGAAGAGAGUCAAGUGCUUUUCGAAAAAGUCCGGGGCACAAAGCCUUUACUUUCGAACGUGGAGGUCGAUGAAGUGCUGCCGAACUUGGUACAACAGUGCUUAUUGGUGGCUGAAAGAUCCCGUCCUUCCAUCGAGAAGGUUAUUUACUUGGUGUUAGUCCAAAGUUUCAGCGCUGUGGAUCUGACGGACUCGAUCCAACGACUCGACAAGGAUCACUGCUAUUCAGGAGGAUUUGCUUAUGUUCGCAAGUGCGAGAUCCAUUUAACGAAAAUCGACGCGAGCGUCCAAGAAAAGGUUUCUCGCUACUACCAGCACCCUACUGUAACAGAAUGCGUCGACGUCGCAGUCAAGGAAAUAAACUUGGCCAAUGAUCCAGACAUCCUGAAGAUCAUCAAUCGAUUGUUCCGAGAAAUCAAGCUAUGGUUGAAACUUGAGCACGAAAAUAUCGUCCCUCUCUGGGGUGUUACAGAUGGAUUUGGUUCCCUUCCGGCACUUAUAUCGCCAUGGUUAGAAAACGGCUCUCUGACCGAAUACCUUCAGUACAAGCAUGAAAUACUUUUUGAUGACGGAAAGUUUGCCCUGCUCGUGGACUUCAAUAUCUCCAUUCGCAGUCAAUCGUCCAUGGAGACCUGA